GAACGUUGGAGAAAAAAACAAGCUCAGUUGACUCCUCCCGGAGCCUGGGAUACCGCCAAGAGCUGGAUGUUGGGAAUAUCGCAACCAUAAUCUUCCAAUAGCAAGCUCCGGUUGUCCCGGCACGUUUCCUGAGCGCCGAGCUUAGCCUCAGAGGCAUGUUCAUUGCUCGGUGUGAGACGCCUGUUUUUUCCGCCGCUGCUACCGCCGCCGCUGGCUGAGGGUUGUGAUGCGAGCAGAGAGUUGCGCCACGACAGAGGGUGAGACCAAGAGCUACGGAGGGAAUAUAUUUCUUCUUAUUGCCACGGAAGAAUGAACUUGGAGAAACGGGCGGGUUGGUGUAAAGAAGCAGGCAUGCUACCGCACUCAGGCCUGGACGUCAUUGUUGGACAACAACUUUAGCAAGCUAGCAUAGCGGUAGCUCGCUUUAAUUCACGUUGAUGACUUGGCUCCGUAAGCUCCCCGGGCGACCUGUUCGUUUUAGUAGAUUGGCCUGGUCCUGUUUAUUUCUGCUGGUAAUAUGUUGACGACGUCGCUUCCCAAACGGAGUAAUAGGACAGGACUCCCAGAAAUUUAGCGCUUACCUGGCCGUUGAUAGUUAGGUUAUCUAAUUUGUUUUUUAUGAACCAUUACAGACAACAGUAGCGUUUUGCACAGAAAUAAACGAGUCGUUGUUAGUGGCAUUUAAAUAAAAUUGCACUUUAUUUAGUUGGUUUAUGAGGAUGCAGCAAAGUUACAUUUUGACGAUUGUUUUUUUUUAAGUUUAUUAUUGUCAUAUCCAAAACAACAACAUAUAACAAGUAUGGCUAGAAAUUUCUCACGCACUUGAGAUUUAUUCUUUCCGGUGAAUGACCAAAACGGGGUUCUCACCAGCUUUAAAGCAGAUAUAACCGUUUCAGGUGGUCCGUCGUCACUGUUUUACCUUGUGUCCAUACGGUUUGCCACCGUUGCAAGCUGAGAUGUAAACAUGAAUUUCGAAGAGCAGCGUCUAGAUUUGUGUAAUGUCAAGACAAAAGCCAGUGUGGACGAUGAUCAUAACACUACCAACAACACAGAAGGGGUCACCCCUCGUAUUUCCGAACUGAUGACAGACAGUAACUCCCAAAAACAAGCCAGUAUUUCCACAGAGUCCUCUGAAACCUACCUGAUGCCUCAGCUUACUGACAAUCUCCAGACUGCUGAGGAAGAUAACCUACAGGCACAAGACACACUGGAAAUUGAUGAAGUCAAUGGAAACAAAAAGAGCUGUGCCCUGGACACCCCUGCUGUAGAUAAUCCCAGUGACUUGAUCUCAUCUAAUGAUGAGCAGCACAAGACUGUUAUAGAAGAGGUGAGCAUGAAGGAGGAAAGGGACAGUAACUCCACACAAGCAGUUGUGGAGGUAGGAGACAAUGGUGUGGACAUGGACAUCGGGGUGGAUCUGAGCCUCGAUGAGAGUGGGGUGCUGGAGGCUGAACCAGUAAAUGUUACAUCAAUCUCACAUAAUAUUUUGGGCUCCAAGUCCAGUCCUCAGGAUGUCCCAGCUGGCAGGAUUCCAGAAGGCCAGGCAAAUUCAAACCAGACAUGCAGCACAGAGGCUUCUGCUGCUGAUCAAGCUGGACUGUAUCCCUUGGUGGAGGAGGGGGAAGAGAAACAAAAACAGAGUGGAAAACGGGUGACAUUUCCUUCAGAUGAGGGUAUAGUUUCUGGAGCGGUGGAGCCAAAGGACCCCUGGAGACAUGCUCAGAAUGUGACGGUGGAGGAGAUCCUCUCUUCCUAUAAACAGGCCUGUCAGAAGCUCAACUGUAAACCUAUCCCCAAAGUGCUCAAACAAGUACAGGAAUUGAAAGACCUGACUCAGAGAAACGAGUGCUUGGAUCUGAAAGGUGAGAAGCUAGACUACAAAGCAUGUGAGUCUCUGGAGGAGAUUCUGAAGAGAGUCCAGUUUAAAGUGAUCGACCUGGAGCAGACCAAUCUGGAUGAAGAUGGUGCAUCGGCUCUCUUUGACAUGAUAGAGUAUUACGAGUCAGCCACACAUCUCAACAUCUCCUUCAACAAGCAUAUCGGCACGCGAGGAUGGCAGGCCGCCGCUCACAUGAUGAGAAAGACGAGUUCCCUUCAGUAUCUAGAUGCCCGUAACACUCCUCUGCUCGACCACUCGGCUCCUUUUGUAGCCCGAGCACUCAGGAUCAGUGGCAGCUUGGCAGUCCUCCACCUGGAGAAUGCUGGUUUGUCUGGCAGACCGCUCAUGUUACUGGCCACGGCCCUGAAGAUGAACAUGAACCUGCGGGAGUUAUACCUGGCCGACAAUAAGCUCAAUGGCCUUCAGGACUCGGCGCAGCUCGGCAACCUGCUCAAAUUUAACUACAACAUCCAGAUCCUGGACCUGCGCAAUAACCACAUCCUGGACUCUGGUCUGGCCUACUUGUGUGAAGGACUAAAGGAGCAAAGGAAAGGUCUCGUCACUUUGGUGCUUUGGAACAACCAGCUAACACACAAUGGCAUGGGCUACCUCGCUGCUGCACUGCCAUGCACCCAGAGUCUGGAGACUCUGAACCUCGGCCACAAUUCGGUUGGUAACGAAGGAGUCCACAAGCUAAAGGACGGACUGAUCGCCAACCGCUCUGUGCUCAGGCUGGGAUUGGCCUCCACCAAGGUCUCCUGUGAAGGAGCUGUUGCUGUGGCUGAAUUCAUUGCAGAGAGCCCCAGACUGCUGCGUCUCGACCUUCGGGAGAAUGAGAUCAAGACUGGUGGCCUGAUGGCCCUGUCGCUCGCACUCAAGGUCAACAACUCUCUGCUGCGGCUCGACCUGGACCGUGAACCCAAGAAAGAAAGUGUGAAGAGCUUCAUUGAGACGCAGCGCGCCCUGUUGACCGAGAUCCAGAACGGCUGCAAGAGAAACUUCAUACUUGCGAAGGAAAAGGAGGAAACUGAGGAGAAGAUGAGAUUGUCGGCCUCCAUGGCUGAAAUAGCUACUGAGGACGGAACGAGGGAGGAAGAGGAGGAUGAGCCAGUUUCAACCAAGAGAAAGGAAGAAGAGGUGAAAAGUGAAAUGACUGAAAACAUAUUACAAACAACUAGCCAGUCGGAAACGAGCCGGGAGACGACUGUUCCUCCUGAAAAUCUGGACUCUGACUCUGACUCUGAUACCGAGGACGACGAUGAAGAAGUGGUAACCAAGUCUUCUUCCGUUGUGUCAAAUCGGACUGCUCCUCAAACCCAAACGGGGGUCAGUCAGUCUCCCCUUAGUGCCUCACGUACACCCUCACCUCACUCUUCCUCCCCUGUAAGAGGACCAAGUGUAAUUUCCGGAAUUACAAUCACAGAAACUACAGUCCCUGUUCCUCCGGGGACUCCUCCCUCACCUGGCCGCUGUAUAUCUGUGUCGAGUCCUGGAAGGGGCCAUAAGAUUUUCAUGGUAACACGGGUGGAGAGCCCCCCUGAGCAGCUGCAGAAAAUCCCUCCUGCGGCUCCCUCCCUGUCUAAAGACCUGACGGCACAGCAGACGCAGCCCCCACCUGCAUCACAAUCACAACUGACACCAGAGGGCAUGAAGGGGAGCCCACCUGCUCUGUCAACAGACAGUAAAUUGACAGAAGAGGCUUUCAAAGAGAGACUAGAGUCUGAAAUAGAUGCUACUCAGAUUCACAAACCUGACCCACUGUCAUCAGGUCAACACUUAGAGGAAGCAAAAGCCAGAACUUUAGGUUUAGCGGGGGUGACAGAUCCAAGUCCGCAAACACCAGCAUUGCCUUCAAAUUCCUCAUCUCUGCAGGAUGUGGUUUUGAAGCCAACAAACAACUCUGAAAGUCCGCAGCCUGAGCCCACCUCUGCAGAGGGAAGCAAUAAAGGAGAGGAACACAAGGAAAAUGUACAAGAUGGUGGGCAGACAUACUCCCCAAAUGAACUAAAUCAGCAGCAGCCCCAACCAUCUGUGCAAGAACAGCUAAACACUGACCAGGCUGCAGAACCAGAGGAGAACCCUCCACCAAUCCAAGAGGAAGCAAGCCUAGAUCUGGUUCACUCAGGCCAGACUAACCAGCAGGCUCCACCUGCCUCAACUCAACCUGAAGAUGGCGCUGAAAUGAAUCCAGGCUCACUGGUUAAAGAUCAAGAAUCGAGUGAUGAGAGCUCAGCCGAUGAGUCUUUUGUUGAGGCUCUAGAUGGCGAGAUGGUCGGUUCAAGUCUACCCAACGGUCUGAAACCAGAGUUCUCCCUACAUCUUCUGGACGGUGAAACGCCAAAGCCCGGCAGCUGUGUUAUGGAGCAUGUUGGUGCCAGUUGUGGACAGGAACUAGAGGAGCUGCUCCUGGAAGCCAGCCUGGACAAUGGGAGAGAUGCAUCAUAAACUGGUAAAGUAAAUAUCUGCAUCUUAUGGCUAUGCAAAGGGACUCUGAGGACAGAUGGAAGCAACACUAAGAUGAUUUGUCAAGCUCUGCAAUAUGACUGGCUGCCCUACAAUAUUUCUGUCAUUUCUUUACCUUGAUCAGAUGUUUCCUUAAAGGACAGAUGACGCGGUGUUACAGUCAAAGCUCCAUACAUGAAAAGAGGACUUUAUCAUCUGGAGCCAACCUGUGACAAAUAGUCUUCUACCCUGUUAUCACUACAUUUUCCCAUUCUGCGAUAUGUCCACGUACCUCCCUGAAUCGCAGACUGAUCAGGGACAAAGGAGGGAGGGUAAAACACUAACCAAAGACCUCUCUGACAGCCCUUACUUGCUCUCUGUAGAUUUCUGUCCGGAAAAUUGAUUGCAGUCACAGUUUUUCAUGACUCUCAGAGACGUAACAGUGGUGAUGAGAAAUGUGGUGGACCCCUGCUGAGUAGACCUGCUGGCUUUAAACACUUGAGGUGGGAGUAAGUUGCUGUUAAAGGCUUUUGUAUCCAAGAAAGCUGAGGACAUUUAUCCAUCUGUGUAAAUGUAAACAUUGUGUGUGUCUCCUGGCCUCCUUUCCUUUCUGUCUCUUUCCCCACCAUAAAUAAAACCCUAAGGGACCUCUGCCAAAGUGACUUUUUUCCGUGUUUUCUCGUCAUCUGCUCCGUUUGGCCCCGGAGGAAUCUGCGCUCCCCCCCACUUACUGCUCAGAUCUGACACAGAGAACAUUAAACCACAUGUUUUGCGCGAUUGAAACUAGAUUUACAUUUGGAAUUUACCGCCAAUUAACUAAAAUGCACAAAUCAUAACUUGGAACCUAUGUCAAUCUAAGGAAAAGUCAGUUUAGAUGUUUCUUUUUUUAUCUCUGUAGCUCCAAAGUCUCCACUGUGUGAACCUUCUAUUGUUUCCCUCCAUUUUUCACCUUUUUUUCAUAUUGCCUUCAGUUUCUCACCAGUGCAUACAACCCCUAUUCAGCUGCUUUGAGCUAUGACUUAUUUUUGUAUUAUAGGACAUCUUUUUGGUUUAAAAUGUUUAAACGUUUCUGUUUUUCCAACUGCUUAUUUUUUUCCUUCUUGUCUGGGUGUUGCUUUUGAAGCUGACGCUCUUUUUGAUGUAUAUUUCAUAUACAAACGGGAGAAAAUAUUUAGAUUAGAUGAAUUUCUUGGGACGGGAUAAUCUAUAUAAGAGUAAAAGGUGGAUUUAAUUGAAUGGUUGACUACUGGGGUGCAGAAAGCUGUAAACAUGUCGAGGUCCUCAGCUGCUCUGCUGAGCGAAGCAUUGGCCACAAGGAGGCGUUGAUGGUUAUUUUUCUUUCAGGCAGACCUGAAGGAGAAUUAUCUGAACUCAGCAACUAAAUGUUUUUAAAGCAACACAAAAAAUGUAAACAUUAAACAUCCAUAAAAAGUUUCUGUGAAGAGAUCCGGUUUUCCCUGCCUUCCUGUUUUUUGUUUUUUGUUCCCCUGAAGCAGAAACAGGCCGUUGUGUUUUCUUUUCUCCUCCACAGAGCAGCGUUAAAUCCCUCCCUGCACAUCUCCACCCAAAUGGUAGUUUGCCCGCCUCCCCAUCACUGUUUGUAAUGCUUUAAUUUUUAGAAAUUUUUAAUAAUGAUUUGUUAACUUAAUUGAAAUGUGCUGGUAAUCACAAAGAUAUGUAUGGCGAAAUUUGUUUCUCUCAAAUAAAUGCAUGUAAUGACCAA